UUCAAAAGCACUGAUUCUCACUAAGCAGUAGAGCUUUCUUGUGAUUUUAUGAAAGCUCCAGGAUGUUUGAUUUUCAAGAUUGAAAAUGCACAGAGAUGUAGUACUUUGAUCCAGGAAAGAAUUUCAAUAAAAAUUGCGCGUGUUUUGUCACGUGGUACACUAAGAUGCAUAAAGGGAAAUUUUCAAUGUCCAUUUCCUUGAGAAAAUUGUUCAAGUAUUUGUAAGUCGCACUACAAUACACGUGAAAUCGUGGGCCGAACUUAUAUAGCUAGUGGCAACGUGACAAUAGUCUGCCGAGGACGGAUUGAAGACUCAGAAGAACAUCAAGACCGACCUUCAAUCCUAGUGAAGAUUGUAUAAUUAUUCCAAUAACCACUGAUUAUUUUUUUUGAAAUCGAGCACAUGAUUAAAAAGAUAAUAAUCCUAUUUGAAUUAAUCCACAAGUAUACAAUUAUACUUCAUUUGGAAAUUAUUCAAUCUAUUCCGGGGUAAUCUAUCCUGAUACUGAAUGAUAUUUUUGAGGAACAUAUUAUAUUAUCGUGAUUUAUUUUUAGGUAUAAAUAAUUGUCAGUAAUCAUUUAUAAUUACCUUUCGUAACUCUGAAAAUACUGUUAUUAUAUAUCACCCUUGUCAUAAUCAAAAUAAAAAAUUAUAUGUGUAAUAAUAAUACAUCUACUACGCUUAAACACAACGAGUGAAGGGGUUUUGCGUACGUCGACCGUGGACGGAACAAGAUUCUCACGUGGAUUCUAGAGCGCAGGCGUAUGUACCCCUUGUACGGCGCGAGAAGAUAAAAGGGUGUGUGACAUACCCUGCAAGCUCAGUCUAACUCGAACCAUUGAGUUAUAUCAACUAUCACUAGCAUAGUUGAACAAUUAAUAACAACAAAUAAUCCAAGCUUAUUUCAUUGAAAUAAACAUCAUCUAAAUAAAUUUGAAACACUUGAAGAAUCUCAGUGAUUUGAAAUUACAUCCACCAAAGUGAAUAAUUUUGUUGUGGGUUGAAUUAUCAAGUUUAUCUUAUUUAGAGUGAGAUAAUAGAUCAUACAAUAGUUGUCCUUGGAACAAUAGUAGAUUCAAAAAAUCCUACUUCCUUGAUCAUGGGGGAGACAAUGAGAUUCAUCAAGUCUUCAAGACAUGGUCAACAACGUCCUAAAUCCAUUGAAGAUGAAUGCAGCACUGAUAGUGGUUGCAGUAGUGGAGAAAAUACUGAUAGUGUUGAACACUUAUCUAGACCUCGUGUCAAUGACCGAAAUUCAUCAUUCCAUCGUUAUCAUCAUCGAUCUCAUCACCAUCGCCAUGAAACUCUGACCCAAUCUCAAGAGCGGUUGUCGAGGGUGAUGAUUUGCAAUCAACGUGGCAGGACAAACAAAUCAUCAAGAUCUUGGAGUCCAAGUGCAAUAAGACAAAGUUCAAGCCGAGAAUCACCUUCUUACUCAUCUAGUCCAUCAGAUGUCCAAAGUACAGAUAGCGAUUCUCUUAAUCGUGCAUCAAAGAUUGAAGUUGUCCGACGUGCUCUACAAUGCCUAAAGCUUGUCAAAUGGGAAAACAACUCGAAGGAAAGAAAACAUACGAAGAAAAGCCCCAAGAGGAUCUUAAGAGACCCCAUUCCUUACACUUAUGUUAGAGGAAUGUCCGGUUUACCAACACAGAGAGUACCAAGAAGAAGUGUGCAAUAAGUUCAGUGGUAAUUUUAUCCUGAUAUAAAAGACCUUUGAAUAGUAAGAAGAAUCGCUGAUAAACUAUAGAUUCAAUUUUAUUACACUUAGAAUUAAGGAGAACAAUGGCUUUUUGGUCAAACGUGAAUGCAGUGUAGAAUGCUCAAAUCAUCAUUCGUAUUUUAAGUUGAAAAUUCAUUUUUAUGUUCAAUUAAAAUUUAAAUUAAUUUGAAUGAUAUAAAUUAAUUCAUUUUAGU